UGUAUUGCAGGAACUCAAUGUGAACGAGGAAAGUUCCAAGGAAGUGACUCCUUCUCCUUGGGCUUCAUCGUGGCAGAUAGUUUGUACUACAGUAACUAAUUUCUAUCAAUAAUACAAAUACUGCUGUUGUUCUGCAUGCCGCUCUCAGCCCGGAACCCGAGCUGAGAAAAGGCUCAUACAUUACUUUUAUAGUUGCUUCUAGCCUCGGGGAGUGAAACUAGUUUGGCUCAAGCGGCCAGGCUUCGUUUCGCUAUGGGCAACAACGAGUAUGACCAUAGGAUUCACUUCAAACGCCACCUUCCCAGACUUGCCGAACUGGUUGUUGGCUAUGCAUGCUUCAACCCACUGGAUAUCACUAACAGCACAGUACCCAUUCGGGCGGAAUUGGUAGAAAGAAGGUCUAUGGCACAUCGUCUUUUCGGAGAGAAGUCGAUCCACAGGACGCCUGUCUUAUGUAGGUUGUUUAUGGAAUCAGUGCGAGAGUGCGAGGAGAACUCCUGCAUCGCUGUCCCGGCGGCGUGUGAAUACGGCGCUGAUCCUAAGUUCAUGUUCAUAACAGAGAAAAGUACAGUCAGAACAAGCGGAUUCAAGAAUGUCCUUCGCUUCCUAUCCGUAAAGGUAUCUAGUUUUCAACCAGUGACAUCGGUGGCACUGCAAGCCUGUCUCACCUUCUCUAUCCAGUCGUGGCUAGCACCCGACUGGAAUCGCGUUGGUCACAAGCUCAUUCAAGGCGACCACUUUCUGAGCACUGUCGGUCGAAUGCCAGCUGUAGAUUGGGAGCUUAGCGUUCAAGGUGAUGAAGUGAUCCUGUCAUUAGCAGUUAGCUACACACACGCACGACCUUCAGAGGUGGAUGAUUUUCUGCGAGACCCCAAGGUUGUGGAAAAGCUGCUGGUUAACAACGACACCGUCAUUCUGGGUCCAAGUGAUGAGUACACAUGCUAUGUGCUACCAAGUGAGAAACAGGCAAGGUUGUGCUCAAUAAGUCCAGCAUUGCCACCGACAUGCCCUUUCACUUCAAAUGAAGAGCUCUAUCAGAACUGGAGACUGGCAUACGGCUACAGUAGUGUUGAUGGGGAAAGAAGCAGCAGGAGUGCACACUUGAUUGCCAACGUCCAGUUUCGUCCGGGCAGCCAGCUAUUCUCAUAUCCUCUUGCGUGCAUCCGCGAGAACCGCUUCUUCUACAACAACCGCUGUCCAAAUGACAAGAAGGCGAUUCACAUGUUCUUGGCCGACAUCCAUCGAAAGUCCAACGGGAUCUGGUCCAGUGUCCUUGAUUUCGAGACGGAGACAUCACAGCAGCCUCUCUGCAAACUAAUUCAAAGUCAUCUUCAGAGCAACAGCAGAGAGCCUCUGACUUUCAUGCAGUCGGCUGUCUUGAAGGAUCGCUACCAGGCGCAGGUACCGAGAACAGUAACAGUCUCGACCAUGGCGGCAUGUACAUCUGAUCGGCCGGUACAACAAGAGCGCAUACAUGUAUCAGAUCGUCCAACACAUGCUUCGCUUCCAGCACGAGGCACCGGAGUUAUGGUAUCAGCCGGUGUUGAGAGAUCAGCACCCGUUGUUCCCCGCUUUAUGUCCAAGAACGAGCGUAUCAAGCUGACCUUUGCACGGCGUGCUGCCAAUAGUAUGAAGAAAGCCACCACUGACGAGAGUACAGCCAGUCAUCCGCUCGGAGUGUUUGCCAACAGUGCAUCAGCAGCUGAGCGAUUUCCAAGCAACCCCAAACCCGUAAAGGUCACGUUCUUUUCACAAGCGGCACCAAAACCAACCCUUUCGCAAUCCACACAAUUGAAGAUAGCAGCUAGGAGUGCUGCAAAUUCAGCACCGCAAAAGACGAAGGGACAAGCAGUGUCAGCAAAGAUGCAGUCGUCCAAAGCUGGAAACAAACCCGCGAAGGGAGGAGCACCCUUGACUGCCAGCCACGGGAAAUCAUCCUCUUCAACUGCCAAGUCUAAAGCUAAUCCACAUGAGGAUAUAAAGAAGGUCGAUGCUCUGAUCAAAACUGGCAUGCUCUCCAAAGCCAACAUAUCAAUUCUGAGUACUUGGCUACGUAGUAAGGGUGUCAAGAUCAGCCGCCAGAACAAGAAAGCGGAUCUGAUUCAACAAGUCACACUCUGGGCUGCUAAGAAGCUACCAUCAGACGACACACAUCUCCAACAGCAGCUUGAGAGAGAGCCAUGAUGCGCUGGCAAUACUACUACUACUACUACUACUACUACUACUACUACUACUACUACAAGUAGAAGGGAACAAACCAGUGAGAUUAGUAAGCAUUUCUGAAAUUCCACGUGCUCCAUUGCAAUAGCCAUUUUGUUAUCAUACAGUGAGUGCAGGUUCCGGCAUGACAGUUUGGGAACCUUAGUUGUCUCCGGUGCACAUCUAUUUUGAGAAUAUGGCCAAAAGUAAGUCUCCUAUUUCAGUAUUGUGCUUGACAUAUUCUGCACCAUGAUGUAUAGCUUCAAGUGCUUGUAGUUUCAUCGCAUCGAAAGGAUAAUAAUUAUUUGUUCUUUCAGCCUUUCUGUUUUGCCCCACCAACGUAUCGCUAGUACACGGUAUUUUAAUACACAAUAGUCCAGCAGUUAUCUUUUAUUGCAAUUAAAAGUGUUUGCACAGAUCACACAAGUACAUGCACAAUGUUUUUUUAUGAACUUUAAUCAGUGUGACUGCUGACAGUAG